AUGAACGUGGCUGUGUCGAUGCUCUACGUAAUUCUGGUGGCGAAUCUGCAGACCAGCCGUUGCGCCACGAUCGCGGUGACCCCACAGGGCCAGCUGAUUCGCUCAGAUGCUCCACUCGCUGAACUCAUGGACCAGGACACGGCGAGUGGUGUUUCCACCAGGAGGUCCGUUUUGGAGAGCACGGAAGCCACGGCCAGGGCGCACAGCUACGAGUCGGCCCUGCAAAGGGAGAGUCGACCGAAGGCACUCGCAGUUGCCACGGUCGUUCUGCUCAUUCCCAUCACCUUGGCCAUCCUGCAGCUUCUGCUCGCAUUCAGAGUUGCCAGCAAGCUGGUCGGUAUGUGGCCGGUCGCUCCUGUGAAGGAGGAGUCUGCCCCACUCCCACGGGUCACUUUGGGAGGGACCACCCUGCAGCUCAAAGAGUCGAAGCAAGAGCCGGUCCUGGAGAUGUUGGCCUUGUCGGUGAUGCUGCUGGCCUUGGCUUGUGGUAUAUACUUCUGCAUUGCCUGGACGGCUUUGGUGCCUGGGCCUUUUCUGCAGCAGCUCAGCUGUAACACGACCGCCUCUGCGGACGUGUCCCCGAUGGUCGCCGAGACGCUUCGGAGCUUCUGCUGGGCUGGGGCUCGCUGGGAGGGGGUCACGCGCAGGGAGGCAGAGCUUUUGCUGAGCGGUCUCGAGCGCAGCUUGGCGAUGGACCCUGGCGAAGGUGCAGUGCUGGAGUUCGGCGUUGGCGUGGGCGAAACCACCUUGUGGGUUAGUCGCUUUCUGGACAUUUAUUCCCAGGUCAGUGGGGAGCCCAGAAGGGCGCAUCAUGUCUACGACCCGUUCAAAGGUCCCGGCUUCCCGAAGCGUGAUCGCAUGAGAGACAAGCUGCUGAACAAUGUGUGGCGGAGCUGGCCUGGGAGGGUUGCACAAGGGAUUGUGAAGACACGGCGGUGGCUCUUUGAUUUCUUCUUGUGGAGCCAGGGUGCUAAGAUGCCAGAGGUCCAUGAAGGAUACAUGGUGCAAGUCUCCGAAAGAGCCUUGCCUUCGAAGGUCGCCUUUGCACUCAUAGAUGCAGAGAGCUAUCCACAAACCAUCCUGCCACUGAAGCUGGUCUACAAAAGGCUUCAAGCCCACGGUGAAGUUUACGUGCACGGUUACCGGCAGCAGUCCUGUCCUGGGGUCCAUGACGCAGUGAAGCAUUUCUUCAAAGGCAACAGGGGAGUCUACAGCUGGGGCCAUGGCUCCCAAGGCGUGUCUUGGGCAGUAGCUGGCCCUCGGCUUGCCUACAAUAUCUCUCACGUACAUAUGGCCAAGCUGGGCUGGAAGUGGAUGGCCCGAACGGUGCGGGCUCCAGACCUGAAGGCAGUCCUCAGUGUCCAGUUCCAGUCGAAGAAGCGCCUCGAGGGCAGAGUGAGGUGGUUCGAUAAGGACAAGGGCUUCGGCAAGAUCCUGCCCUUGGACCCGCGACCUGGCGAGGAUGCACCCGAGGAGAUCUUCGUGCACAAGAAGCAAAUCGAAGAUGGCACUGAGGGCGACAACUAUGCCGCCCUGGCACCGGGAGCACUGGUGUCGUUUGAGAUGACCACACAGGAUGAUGGGAAGCCGUGUGCCGGCAACGUGCGUGUUCAGGGCUUCGCCAAGAUCGUGCAGAAUGGCUUGACCAUCGCGGCAGGAGCUGCGCUCUCAGCCAGGGAAGCCAAGCUGCGCCAGCUCCUCCUUCAGGGUCUGAAAGCAGGCGUUUUUCAAGAGAAAGGCCACAAGAAGGCAUUGAUGGAGGAUGGCUUCCUCGAAGGAACCAGCCGCGAGGUUGGCAUGCUCGGCAGCACUGUCAAGUCUGCGGCAAUGGCUGUUUACGCCGUGAUGGACGGUCAUGCUGGAAUUUCCUGCAGCAACUUCGUCGCACUGAAUCUGGAGCGAAACAUCCUCGACUCCUUGAGGGAUCAGCGCAAGCGAGACGCGAACGCUGAACAGGUCUUGAAGUCGGCCUUGCUGGCAGGCUUCAAGGUCACCGAACAUACCUUCCACCAGUACGCCAACAAGCUGGAAGGCGGCGCAGGUCGGACCUGGGCAACUUCCGGCAGCACCUGCUGCGCAGCUUGCUUGGCUGGGCCCGACGAGGAGGGACGUCUCAGACUGUUGAUUGCCAAUGUGGGCGACAGCAGGGCCAUUCUCGGCAAGAAGGACGGUUUUGCGGUGAGGCUCUCGGUAGACCACCGCCCAGACAACACCGCAGAGAAGAGGAGAGUGGAACAACAAGGCGGCACCGUGGCCCCCUUCGGCGGCGCUCACCGUGUGAUCCUGAAAUCCCGCGGGCAGGUCGCAGCCGGCUUGUCUGUGACUCGAUCGUUUGGAGAUGUGGAUUUCAAGGUUCCGGUCGAGGUGAUCACUGCUGUGCCUGAGCUGUCAGCUUUCGCGAUUGACCCCGAAGAAGACGUCAUGCUCAUUCUCGUAACCGACGGAAUAACCGGAAGUGUGUCGGAUGUGGAGGCCGUGCGCCUGGCCUCCGGGCCGCUUCGCGAGGGUGGAGCUGAUGCUCCCGAGCGGGCAGCACGGGCAUUGGUGGAGGCGGCUCAUACGCGAGAACCCUCAGACGACAAGACUGCCAUGGUCAUUUGGUUUGGCGGAUCACCUGACGAGAGAAUGGGCGCCACCUCCGGCAGCACUGAUGCGGUGGAGGACCUCUUCGGUGGCAGAGAGGAUGCCACCGGCAAGCCCGAAACGGAGCAGGCCACACAGGCAGUGCCGCAAGCUGCCACAGAGGAUGACAUGUUCGCGGAUGGCGCGGAUCCCGUGGAGAUGGCACUGCUAGACGACAUCUUUGGUGCGUAUGCGAAGGAGAUGGGUGUGGACAUGGCCUCUGAAAGUGGUGCCAAGCGUAAGUCUGUCGAGGAGGCCAAGGACCUGAAGCGAAAGGGCCUCAGCAACAAGGUGGCGAAGAAGGUUGUUUCCUUGCACCCUGGGAUUGGGCUGGAGUGCCAGUGGAAGAUGAUGGGUCGGUUCAACGAGAAUCUAUUCCGCGUUGACGUUAGGUCGUUGACCAGAGAAGAACUUCUCGAGUUGAACAAGCAGCCGGACCAAAGACCUGCCCGACCGCGAUUGCCCACGGCCUUUACCCAGACCGGCGUGGCUGGAGUGGUCGAAACGGCACCCAAUCCAGACAGUCCGCGGUUCCAGGCAAUGAUGUCCAGCAUGCCAGACCACAUGAAGGAGAUGGUCUUUUCUCCGCGAGACGAGCUGGAUCUCCAGAAGCACAUGGUGACCGGCGCCACUAAGGACAAGGAGCUGCUCGAAAGUAUCCUCAGGAAACUCCUGUACUUCAAGGACGUUGACCAGGAGACCUUGCAGAAACUCAUAGCAGCCAUGGAGGUUUUCCGCUUCCCCGACGGUACGCAAGUGUCGCGGCAAGGAAGCUAUCGAGGAAGCCACUUCUUCAUCGUGUCGAAGGGCACGUUGGUGGUCUUGAGGAAUGGUGAAACCAAGUCGGAGAUCACCAAAGGCGCCGCUUUCGGGGAGAACGUGAUCCUCAUGUCAGGUGCACAAGAUGCCACAAUCCAAGCAAAAGGAGAGGUGGAGGUCUAUGGCAUGCAUGGGGUGAGGAGCCGUGCUCUCCUUGCUGAGCAAUAUCAGCGAGAAAGAGGUCAAGCCAGCAGUGCAGUGAACGAAGCGCUCAGUUGUGAUUCCUGCUGGCUGCUACGCAAACUCACGCCUUAUCAGAUGCAGUGCCUUUUUGACAAAGUCAAUGUGCUUGGCUUCGAGAAUGGCGCCACAAUCUUGGAAGCUGGCCACAAGGAGACGCCCGACCUUCACAUUGUUUUGCAAGGGCAGGUCUCCCUCACCGCAGCGGGCCAGGAAGUCUCGCUUGUGGAGCGUAUGGGCGUAGUUGGUGACGGCGGAUUGCUGUGCAAGGAGGAAGCCUUGAAAGCAGUGGCUUGUGGGGCUGUCCAGACGCUGGUCCUCGACAGAACUUUGCUAGAGCAGAUGUUCGGGACGAACUUGGAGGAGACAGUGAUCCGAUCACGGAUCCUGGACACUUUGAGACAACAGGAGGAUCUGAUCCACUUACGUGUGGACCAGCUGGACGGCCUCGCGAGCCUUUGCGAGGUCAUCGAUCUGCAGCCGGGGUCAACCAUCGAAAGGUCCAGCUACCGUUUGGGCUUCAGCCUGGUCGGGCAGGCCGAGGCAGCGCUGGUCGACAGAGACGGAAAUGUCCGCCCUCCCGUUCAGCUCAGUGCCAGAGGCAAAGUUCUUUAUCCGGAAGAUGCGGACUUGGAUGGGGACAGGUCACCCGUGCUCAGGCUAAGACUCGCCCCAACGGCGACGCAGCCGGUGAAGUUGGCUCUCUGGUCAGGCCGUCCGGUGGCAGGCUUCUUGGAGGUCGUCCGCCGAAAAAAGCGCGUCAGUUCCAGUCCAGACAUCUCGCCCAUGAGCACCAGCAGUGAGAACCGCGCACGGUCACCCUCCAUGAGAUUAGCUGUACUCUCGGAUGACAAGGUCGGGGCUUUGCGGAAAGUCGUGGUUUUCCGGACCCUGGCGCCGGACCAACUCCACAGGCUGGCCGAAGCACUGGAGGUAAAGAAGAUGAAGCCUGGUCAGAUAGUGUUCAACCAAGGCGAAAAGGGCCAGGAGUUCUACAUCAUCCAUACAGGCUUGUUGGAGGUGUCCAUAGACGGCCGCAAGGUGCGCACGCUUGGCAUGGGAGACUAUGUCGGUGAAAGAGCCCUGCUGUUUGAUGGCCCUCGCACUGCAACGGUCAAAGUCGUAGAGGACUGUGAGCUUUGGAUGAUGGACUUGGAUGACUUCAACCAGGCUGUGCAGGGUCCGAUCCUGGAAUACAUGAAGGCGAGAAUCGGCCUCCAGAACACCAAGAUCGACCUAAAUUCUUUGACGUGCCUUCGCGUGAUCGGGAGAGGAGGAUUUGGAGUUGUAAAGAUGGUCCAGUCCAAGACCAGCGACACGAGGUAUGCCUUGAAAUGCGUCAGCAAGAAGCAGGCUGUCGAGCAAAAGCAGCAAAAGGCGCUUGCACAUGAGAGAAACAUCCUAGCAGAGCUGGACCACCCCUUCAUCAUCAAGUUCGUGCGCUCAUUCAACAGUCCUCGGCAUGUGUACUUCCUCACGGAACUAGUCACGGGAGGGGAGCUUCUGGACGCUCUGGAUGCUCUAGGCCUUCUCCAAGCACCGCAGGCCCAGUUCUAUUCCGCGUCGAUCAUACUGGCUUUGGAGUUCCUGCAUGAGCGAAGGAUAGCGUAUCUUGAUCUCAAAGGGGAAAAUUGCCUCAUCGACCAGCAUGGCUACCUGAAGAUUAUUGAUUUUGGAGUAGCCGAGCGGAUUACCGAUGGUCGCAUAUAUGCUGUGAAGGGGACGCCGCUCUUCAUGGCACCAGAGGUAAUACUGGGAAAGGGAUACACCACUUCGGCUGACCUUUGGAGUCUUGGAGUUUGCCUCUUUGACUUCAUGGUCGGUUCGUUUCCCUUCGGGGACGAUCAGGCAGGAAAUGCCGAGAUCUUCAAAGCCGUCCUCAAGGCUCCACUCAAGUUCCCGAAAUGGCUCGGCGUGCACGAAAAGGAUGCCAAGGAGCUUAUGAAGGCUCUGUUGUGCAGAGACCCUGCAAAGCGACUUGGUGCGGGCCAGCGGGGUUACGAAGAGUUGAAG